AGAAUCCAUUUGGUGGAGAACGAUUCGGGUGGGGCACCCCGUGACACCCUGGGCACCCACAGGCAGGGCUGCAGCCAUGGCCAGCGCUAGGCGUCUGCUGCUGCUGCUCUGCCUGCUGCCCGCGUCCCUGGCGUGGAGGAGAGAGGGCCUGGGACAGUCCUACAAGCGGAUCGGGGAGGCCUGUGAGAGACAUGAGGAAUGCCAGAGCAGCUGCUGCGUCACAAACAGCCUGAGCCCCCAGAAAUUCUGCACCCCCCGGAACGUCUUCCAGCAGUGCCGGUCCUGGCAGAAGCCGAAUGGGCACUCCUGCCAGGGCCACUCGGAGUGCCAGAGCGGCUGCUGCACCACCAACAGCUACAGACUGCAGACGUUCUGCACGGCCAGGACGCUCUUCCUGCAGUGCCUGCCCUGGCGCAAGCCCAGGGGGAACUUCUGCCUGAAGCACAGCGAGUGCCGAAGUAAGUGCUGCAUCAGGCUGAGUGAGCUCAGCAGGCACCGGUGCGUUCCCCAGAGCGGCAUCCUGGCCCAGUGCCUGCCCCCAGUGAGUCCCGGGCUCCGUCUCCAGAGCUGGACUGGCCUCUGUUUCCCUCUCCUGCAGCAGGAGCAUGAGGGGCGGCAGAGGGCACAGCCAUGGGUGGGUGGGGGUGCUCGGGGCCAGCAGGGGGCAGCACCCCGCCUCCCGGGACUGACACCUGCAGGGCUGGACCACCCAGGCCGGACCCUCCUCCUCCUCCUUCCCAUCUCCUUCUGGAGUCUUCCAUGA